AUGAACGCGAUCGACGCUCGUAUGCAGCCACAAGAUGGCCAGCGGCGUCAGCACCGCCACUUCGAGGAUGCGCCUGCCAGUACUUAUCGGCCUGCAACUGGAACUGGGAAUUUCCUGCUGCCAGAUACGCAAGGCGCAUUCUCCUUUUCGGCGGAGCCUACAGCCUUAGCUUACGAAAAUUCGAUGAUGACCCUCCCGUCAUCAACCACGCCGGGGCAAGACUCUGUAUUCACCGCUAAUGUUGGGUCCUCCUUCGACUCAACACUCCAUCCUGAAAUGAUCAGUCGCUCAUACCCUCUGAACGCAUACAAUCAAGGGCAGAGCCUCUCACCGGGAACCUACAGCAGCAUUGGCCAAGCUGUCUCACCAUCGCACUCGGCAGACCACCUCAGUCCGGAUCCUGGUUACUCGAGCGACCUCAAUCCGUACCCGAGCAAUUACACAACAUCGAGUUUCAACGGCCAGUAUCUUGAUGAGUCGUUCUCGAACCUCAACUUCGCUGAAGAUCCUUCUUCCACAGCAUUUUCUCCUCCCCAAAGAGAUGUGAGCACGUCUCUCUUGACGUCUGGUACACUGAACACAUACAACGCCCAAAACCUCAUGUCAACGAACAACGGGAUCUACGGUCACCAGAACCAGCUUAUAUCGCCAAGCAUCACGAACAAUUCCAGUCCGGCAACAGGCAACGAGGAUCCAGCAUUCCCAGCGAUGCAAUUUGUUGGGGAGAGCCAGAGCUCCCUGACGCCUCCCAAUCUAACAAGUCAGACACAGCACACUACACUAAGGAAGCCGUUGCAGAGUCCGCCUCUGACGAACAGCCCUGGACCUAUGUCUUUGGCGAGUCCGCGUCGCCUCACGCGUCAUAUGACAAGUCCUAUUGUGCGAGUGGAGAAUUAUAGUAGGGAGGAGUCCCCUUCGCGUUCUGACCAUAGUCAGGGCAUGAGCGGACGAAGUCUCAGCAGCCGGCGAUCUGGCAAUCACCUUUCCCCGUACCCACCAAAUGAUUCCUCUGACGAAGAAGAUCUGUCUGAUCAAGCGCACGUUCGUACAGUGUAUCGGGGGACGGAACGGAACGAGGGCAAACUAUGGCUAGGCACCGGUGGUCAAGGCCGGGCAGGACUGAGUCCCAACGAUCGUCAAGCAAUGGACAACAUUUUGGUACCUAGUCUUGACGAGAUCGCUGAGCGUCGGGCGAGGAUGGAGAAGAAGCGUGAAGUUCAAGACUGGCUGACGAAGAGCGAAGUCGGGAGCGAUGCAGGUGAUGUAGGCCCAUCAAGCAGCUACCUCAAACCCCACAACGGACGCCGUCGCGCAAAGAGCCAGAACGAUGCCAACCGCCAAGCCCUUCAUGGCAGUUUUGCACUCGGUGUAGGCACUCAUCUCGAUGACUUCAGUCCCAGGUACAUCAAUGAGCAAAGCGACUACAGCGAUGACGACGACGAUGAUGAAGAUUAUGAAUCGCACUCUCCACCAGCCUCGGUAAACAUACACGCAGACGAAACAGAGGGCUCGUACCUCCCUACUACACGAGAGCCGAGCCCCGACUCAGAUGCCAUCGUUCAACCAUGGAUGGAUGCGCCAACGCAGCAAUCAACAACAUCGAGCCAUUACCAGCCUCCCACAUCGAAUGCAGCAAUGAUGCGCUUUUGGCAACGAGCAAAGGAUGUUGAAUCAGCAUCUCUCGCUGCCACUGUUGGCUCACGCCGGCUAAGUGAGCCUGAUCUUGCUAGCAUUCGAGGCUCGCCAGGCGUUGCACGACUCAUAGAACCCGAGCCUCGCAAGAGUGAUGACAGGCAGCGCCGCCCCAGUUUCCUGCGAAACAUUCGACGCACUCCGAGCAACCUGCUCAAGCGCAAGGGCAGUAUACCCGUGCAGCAGUCGUCAGAUAUGGGCUCAGAUCCGUCGAAAGACCCCGGGUUCGAGAGGCCAAAACGCAUUGGUAGCUGGGGUCGACCCAAGUCUCCCAGGGUAAAUACUAAUCUUAGCGACAAAAGCAAAGAAGGUAUCCCUUCUGGUUCUCUUGGUCUGUCUGCAACAUCGGGUCCGUGGUACCAGGGCGCCAAAAACGUCAUCAAGCGGAGCCGUAGCCGAAGUGACAUUGGUAGAAGUAGAGGUGAUUCUGGGAAGUCGUUUGGUCUUGCCGAGCUCAUGACCCAGCACGGCGGGCCGCCUAUGCCUAUGCUCGCUUCGCCGCUAGCAGAUACCGAAGCGACAAAGCAGUCUGUCCAGCCAAGCCCUGCUGCGGAUGAUGAGGACGGCGAACGAGAAGCAAUCACUAUGGACCUCAAAGUCCGCACUAAUCUCAUUAUUCCAGAUCAGGAAGGUUUCCGGACACACGCACGCCAGCUGAAUCCUCGUCUAGCAGACUUCAUGGUUGAGCGCGUUGCGCAGGAGCAGAUCAGAAGAUACAAGCGGCUUCUUGAGUUCCGUGUUAAGCACAUCAACGUUGUGCAAAACAAGAAUUGCCCUUCGAAAGAGUUCUGCACGGAACUAGGAGGUGAGUCCAAGCAGCUCCCGCCGAAAGCGGGCAACAAAGACCCCGACGCGCCUUUCAUCGGUUUCCAAAUCACAGCCCCAGGAGAGGAGAAUGACGAUGUAGAUCUCCCUCCCGAGGGCGCGGUCAUAGCUGCCCAGUUUCCCACUGGCGUUCCUUUGCCGCCUGUGAAACGCCUUCCGGCCGAGUUCGAGUGCCCGCUAUGCUUCAAGGUGAAGAAAUUUUACAAGCCUUCGGACUGGACCAAGCACGUACACGAAGAUGUCCAGCCUUUCACUUGUACCUUUCCCAAUUGCCAGGAGCCAAAGUCUUUCAAGCGUAAGGCUGACUGGGUCCGUCACGAAAAUGAGCGGCAUCGACAGCUUGAGAACUGGACAUGCAACAUCACAGAUUGCAAUCACACCUGCUUCCGCAAGGACAACUUUGUGCAGCACCUUGUCCGGGAGCACAAGAUUGCUGAACCAAAGCAGCGGACCGGUCGGGCUUCCAACAAGGAUCCGCCAGCAAGCGGCGAUUCAGACGAUAUCUGGGCGGUCGUAGAAAGAUGCCGUCGAGACACCACGAAGCAACCAAAAGACGAGCCUUGCCGUUUCUGUGGCAACGUUUGCAACAGCUGGAAGAAGCUCACCGUGCACUUGGCGAAACAUAUGGAGCAGAUCAGCAUGCCUAUACUUCCACUGGUCGAGCAGAAGAUCCUGAACGCGGACACUAUCAUCAGCCCCGUCCAAGAGCCACCGGACUCACGCAAGCUAUCGGCCGCGUUCGCUCGAAGGCCAAUUGGUGGCAGUCCUUCGCAGAACUCUCCGAUCACGACUUAUGCGCCAGGGAUCGACCCUUUCGUCCAAGUCCCAUCAGGCAGCCUGGCAGAGGCAGCCGCCAACGUGAUGCACUCAUAUCCUCCGACCCAAAUGGUCCCACAACCACAAAGUGGCUAUACAGCCUACGCUGCAAACAACAUCCACUACUCUAAUCAGACUUAUCCGGGGCUGCAAAACGCACCGAGAUCGCUUCUGGUACACACCGACGGAUUCAAUAUGCAGAGUUCAACAUACCUCAACAUGGGCCCGAUGUCUGCAGUGCAACAACAGGAGCAGGCAAUGUUCACAAAUUCUCCUACUGAGACUACCGCGUUCCCCAGCUACUUUACACCUGAUCAACAGAACAUCACAGGAGGCUUCGACCCAACAAUGCAGAUGCCGUACCAGCAGCAAGCACCCGUAGGGACGUAUCAAGGUAUGCAGUACCUGGCGAACCAACACCAACCGAAUUACCAAUACCAAGGACAGUGA